ACUGUUAACCGUUCUUGAUUACUGUACCAAAUGCAGUAUCGCCAAGCAUCUGUCAUUCACGCCGUCUGCUUCUACUGCAACUCUUUACUGGGCGCCCUGGCAGGCGAAACCUAAGGAGCGAUGGCAGCCUCGGCGUCCCUCACGUCCAACUCCCUGAGCCCAGGGCGCCUCCGCUUCCAGCCUGCUCUCCGGGUCCGCCCAGGCCAGGGGUGGGCGGGGCGGCGGCUGCGCCGUUGCACUCGCGCGGCUCAGACCAGGUCGGAGGGUCCUUGGGUCGCUCUAGCUAUCUCCGCAAAGCAGGGCGCGCGCGGCGGUGAUGAGCUGGGAGUUGUUUCUCUGGCUGCUGGCACUAUGCGUGCUGCUCGCGCUCGUGGUGCAGCUCCUGCGCUUCCUGCGGGCAGAUGGCGACCUGACCCUGCUGUGGGCCGAGUGGCAGGGGCGACGCCCAGAAUGGGAGCUGACUGAUAUGGUGGUGUGGGUGACUGGAGCAUCCAGUGGGAUUGGCGAGGAGCUGGUUUACCAGCUCUCUAAACUAGGAGUUUCUCUCGUGCUGUCAGCCAGAAGAGUGCAGGAGCUGGAAAGGGUGAAAAGAAGAUGCCUUGAGAAUGGCAUUUUGAAAGGAAAAGAUAUACUAAUUUUGCCCCUUGACCUGGCUAAUAGAAGUUCGCAUGAAGUGGCUACUAAAGCUGUUCUCCAGGAGUUUGGUAAAAUCGAUAUUCUGGUCAACAACGGUGGAGUAUCCCAGCGUUCUUUGUGUGUGGACACCAGCCUGGAUGUCUACAAGGAGCUAAUGGAAGUUAACUACUUAGGGACGGUGUCCUUGACAAAGUGUGUUCUGCCUCACAUGAUUGAGAAGAAGCAAGGAAAAAUCAUUACUGUGAAUAGCUUCAUGGGUAUUAUAGCUGCACCCCUUUCUGGUGGAUAUUGUGCCAGCAAACAUGCUCUUCGGGGUUUUUUUAAUACCCUCCGAACUGAACUUGCCAACUACCCAGGUAUAACAGUUUCUAAUGUUUGCCCAGGACCUGUGAAAUCAAAUAUUGUGAAGAAUGCCCUAACUGAAGAAGUCACAAAGACUCUAGACAGUGAUGCAGACCAGUCCCACAAGAUGGCAACCAGCCGUUGUGCACGGCUGAUGUUAAUUGCCAUGGCCAAUGAUUUGAAAGAAGUUUGGAUUGCGGAGCAGCCUUUUUUGUCAAUGGCAUAUUUAUGGCAAUAUAUACCAACCUGGGCCUGGUGGCUGACCAGCAAAAUAGGGAAGAAAAGGAUUGAGAACUUAAGAGUGGUGUGGAUGCAGAUUCCUCUUAUUUAAGAUCUGGAAGAAAAAACAUGACUGAAGGAGUAUUUGCAUUUUCAAGCCACUGAACAAAGAAAUGGAAAACAUGAAAACAGUGAUCUUUUAAUGCACUGAAGACUAAUUUGUGAUUUUACUUCUUAACAGAUACAACUUUGCUUUCAACAUGUAAUAAGUAACAAAAGACUAUCAGAGCCUUGCAAUAAAGAUAUUAAUACAUACUGCA